UACUUCCGUAAACACAAAUCCAAGAUGGCAGCGCCCAUGAGCAUCAUGAAUACUGUCAGAUGGAUUUCAAAAUCUGUGAAAAUAUCCAGAUUACAUGUAUCUCGUGGAACUUUCUUACCUGUCAGAUACUUAUCUUUAGUUAGGUCGUGUAAAUCACUGGUAUACGAAAAGUAUGGAGAUCCAGUAAAGGUGGUAAAGUUAGAGCAGUGGCCUAUUCCAGAGGUUGAGGAUGAUUCUGUUCUUGUGAAGAUGAUCGCAUCCCCUGUCAACCCAUCAGAUAUCAACUCAAUACAAGGUAUCUACCCAAUCAAGCCAGCCUUCCCAGCUGUGGCAGGAUUUGAAGGAGUAGGAGAGAUUCAAGAAGUUGGUAGCAAUGUCAAGGGUUUGACACCAGGAGAGAGGGUUAUCUUCCAAGGAAGUGUGACAGGUACUUGGUGUUCACAUCUUGUUUGCCCUGCCAAUCAAGUGAUGGUAGUUCCUGAAGACACACCCCCUCUCAUCGCAGCAACUGUUAAAGUCAACGCAUGUACAGCUUACAGAAUGCUCGCUGAUUUUGAGAAUUUAGUAGAAGGUGACACGGUCAUGCAGAAUGCAGCUAAUAGCGGGGCCGGACAGGCUCUCAUACAGAUUGCAGCAGCUAGAGGCUUAAAGACAAUCAACAUCGUGAGAGAUAGACCUGACCUGCAGGAACUCACAGACUACCUUCACGGCCUGGGAGCAACCGUUGUAACUACAGAGGGUGACCUUCGAAAGGGAGCAUCGACUUUGCUGAAGGACCUGCCAAAACCUAAACUUGCAGUGAAUGCUGUCGGUGGAAAGAGCAUCAUAGCUCUUGUCAAACAAAUCCAACAUGGCGGUACUAUCGUUACAUAUGGAGGAAUGUCCAAGCAGCCCGUCAUGGUCCCAACAGGGUCACUCAUCUUCGAUGACCUCAAGUUCAAAGGUUACUGGAUGAGCAGAUGGCAUCAAGAGAAUGCUGGAAGCGAGGAAGCCAGACAGAUGUUUGAUCAACUCUGCAGAUGGGGUGGAUCGGGACAACUGAGGGCGCCACAGCACAGACUGGUUGACAUUGAGAAUUAUGGCAGUGCCCUGGAGAAGGCUUUGGGUGAAUAUUCCACGGAGAAACAAAUCCUCACAUUUGGGUCAUGAUGGACCCUUGCUUGACCCCUGAUAUGAUGUGACCUUUGAACUUUUGUACAGGAGUAACUUGUUCUGUUCGGUUUUACAGACAUCUUUGAUGAAGGAUUGUAAGUGGGUCACGUUUCAUGGGGGAAUACGAUUGAACCUAAGUAGAUAUUCUACCAGUAAGGAUCAAGGAAUUUAGAUUUUUGUUGAUUUCAGCUUGGAAUAUUAUGCUUUAUUUAUUCAGUGGUUCAGCUACAGCAGUCGUCAGAAGUAUAAGAAUGAAAUAGAUGGAAUUGUAUAUUAAUGGAAAACUUAUAAGCUAUAGAUUAUAAUGAUAUCAAUUAUAUGCUAUUUUAGUAUCUGUCAGAGGAGUAAUGGCUCUCUGAAACUCACAAUCUAAAGCUUCUAAAAUCAGAAGUUGUCAACCUAAAAAUCGACUUGAUGACAUCAUCUUAUGUGGGGUAUGCAUUAUGACUAUGCAUUAAUUAACCAUGGCAUAUCGCCUCAGCUAUAUAGGCGAGCCAAUUGGGUCCACACGUUAUGUCGUCACUGUAACUGCGGUAUAUUGGACCCGUUGAUCCGCAAUCUUGAGGGAUGUGGAAAAUGAGGUUUAAAUUUGCUUUUGUGCAAAACAGAAAGGGAAAAUAUAUGAGUGUUUCUAAGUAUUUGUAUUCUAUGUUCAUUCAGCUUUCCAUUGAUACCAAGUUGUAUUUUGAUCUGAUGGGGUCUUUAAGAAAGAUUUUUAAUUUGUCUUACUUUGCCUUUCUACAUGUAAGUUACAUUGUUUGCUGCUUGUGGUAGGAAUAAUCCCAUCCUAGGGUUAUUUAGCCGGGAUAGAGGCAUCGUAAGAACAAAAGCUCCCCCCCCCCCCCCCCCUCAAUAAAUAAAAAAUAAAUAAAUAAUUGUAAGUGGUAUUUCAGUACAAAUUCUGUUGACCUGUAUAUAACAAAGUUUUAUUUUCAUACUCCUACUCAAUACUGUCCUUUCACUUAUGGUAGGAUGUCCAUGUACACAAUUACUUUCUCAAUCACUCGACACGUUAAUUAAGGAGGCAUUGAAACAAUAAAUGGUCGGAAAAGGCAGUUAUUUUUGUGCAAUAUUUUUGUGUAUUUUUUUGUCUAUCAGUUGACAAAGUGCAAAAUAAAUAAGUUUGACAAAAAAAGAUGCUCAGAAAUAGAGCCACCAGGAGUAAGAAAAUUCCUAACAUUUGGAAAUACCUAAAACAUGUCAAAAAUUGACACACUAAAAACUCGAACGAUUCCAACAAGAUAGAUCUCUAUGAAAAAUCUCUCAGUACAAUGUCUUAAUCUUUUCAACCACAUUAUCACAUAUAAAUAGCAAGUGAACAGAACAUCUUAUAAAGAUAAAAUGUACAAAGAGUUGGUAUAAACAAGUUUGAACGGUUAGUUCUUCAAAAAGGCUAAAACUGUAUAAGAAACAAGCACAGUGUGCAACGCAAUAAAACUAUUCUUCAAUAUUUCUCUUCAUUGCAAAUACAUUAUGUCCACUCUUGUUCUCCUUAAAGAGUGGAUAAUUCCAUCUUUGUAUAAUUUUCUAAGAUUGUGCAAAUGCAAUUGCAAAAUUCUACAGUGAAUGCGAGGGAAUUCACAUUAUUUAUAUCUAUUAAGCAUAAUUUUGUAGCUCUCUCAAACACAACUAGGAGAUAUUCUACACAAUAGAACUUUAAG